AUAUACCCUGAUGUCUACAACGGAUGGUGUGGGGUGAUUUAUUUAUUGUAUUUCGUGUUUCGCGCAACUAUGGAUCUCAAAGAGAUAGAAUCGUUCGAGGCACUCGUCCUAUUGAGCGCGGCAACAGACACCCCUGAAAAACUGAAAGCGUUGUUGCAAAACAACCGGCUCAUCCGCAGAAUGGGAAAACACUGCUGCCGGUCGAAACGGAUGAAGGAACGUGUGUUCGGCCUUGAUGCGGUUUUCGGAAAGGCUUGGGGAUGUCCCAAGUGUUACAAGGUCGAGUCAUUCCGCAAGGCAAGCCUUUUUGAUCGGUCACACGUUGAGCCCAUGAUGAUUCUGAAGAUGGCUUAUCUUUAUGUGAGGCAGAAUCUGAACGUAACGGACAUCCGUUCAAUGGUGAGCAAUCCACCAGCCGUAGCAACCGUCACGGACUGGCUCCAAUUUUUCCGCGAUGUGAUGUCAAAGAAUGUCAUGGAAGAAACCAGGGGGAAAAUUGGAGGCCCUGGCAAACUUGUUGUGGUAGAUGAGACUGUGCUGGGACACAGGAGGUACCACCGGGGCCAGCCCAUCGCCCGUGAGACCUGCUGGGUGCUCGGCAUGUAUGAAGUGGAGACAAAGACUGGCAUACUAGAGUUCAUUCCAAAUCGCAAACGAGAAGAAAUAGUCCCCCGUAUCGUGUCGAAGGUGGAGUUGGGCUCAGAAAUCCACACCGACGAACGCCGAAGCUACGCUUCACUGACAGCGGCCGGUUACAUUCACAAAACUGUGAAUCACUCUCAGACCUUCAUGGCACCAGAUGGUACGCAUACCAACCACGUGCUAGCGUACUUCUCACGAGUCAAACAGCUGCUCAGGAGGAAGAACGUUAAAGGUGUCGACAGGAUUUCGUCAUAUCUCGACGAAUUUAUGUGGCGGGAACGCCACAAGGAUUCCUUGUGGCCAGACUUCAUCGCUGCCAUCCAGCGGCGGUACAGAUUCCACUAGGUGAGUAGGUACAUAGGGGCCGGCCCAAACCCAUCCAAAAUUGUAUCAAACAAACCUAACCCAACCUAACACGUUUCUGGGGAUUCGCAUGCUGGGAACGGGAAGGAGUAUAUGUUAGGUAAGGGUAAAUGGAAUAUAGCCUUUCUUUUUUGG